AUGAGUUCAUCGGCCGCAGAAAAAGCCGAAGUAGAUGCAUUAAUUGCUCAAUUAAGUUCACGUGAUAAUGAUAAAACAUCUCAAACACAUACAAUUGCUAGUGGUGAUGCUACAACAGCAGCAUCUGAACGUAAACGUGUACAAAUACGUCGAAAUUCAGGUUCUACUUCAAAUACACAAGUAGCUGGUUCACCAACAGAUGUACAUGGACAUUUAUUACAAAAAAAUGCCAAAAUUUCAAAAAAAUACAAUCGAAAAUCAAGACAAGGUAAAGGUCGUGGUUUAGCCAAGAAAGGUGGCGGUGGUGGUGGUUACACAUGGGGUGUACCAGGUUCUGAAUUACUUGAAGAAUAUAAUGAAGAAUUAGAUGAUGAAGAUUUAGCUGAUUUACAAUAUAAUGAAGCUAAAGCUAAACUUCUUGCUAAAUCAUCACAAUCAUCAUUAGAAACAAAAUUCACUAAAUUAGCACUAAUUGAAAAUAUGGAUAAAGAUGUUAAACCAUUAAUUGAUGAAUAUCUUGUUAAUGGUGAUGCAAAUGAUGUUGCACAAUCAUUAAGAAAAUUUGAUGUUAAACAACGUGGUGGUGAAUUAGUUGCUUAUAUUGUUACAAGAGCAUUAGAAAAAUCCAAUGUUCAUAAAGAAUUAAUAUCACGUUUAUUACAUGAUCUUAAUGGUGUUAUAUUACGUUCAAAUGAUUAUAUUAAUGGAUUUAACUCAUUAUUAGAAUCAUUAUAUGAUUUAUCACUUGAUAAUCCCGAAUGUUCAACUGAUAUUGGUAAAUUUAUUGCUCGUUCUAUUGCCGAUAAAUGUAUUGAGAAUACAAAUGGAAAAUAUUUUGUUCAAUAUAAAGGACAUGUUAAAUGUGCAAAAAUGCAAGCAGCACUUGAUAAAGCUGAAACACUUGUAUCAAUGGGAGAUUUUUAUUUUCUUAAUAAUAUUUGGAAUGCUCAAUCAAGUGGUUUUCGACCUGUACGAGAAUUAGCUGAUAGAAUGAAUAUAAUUAUUCAUGAAUAUUAUGAUAGUGGAGAUGUUGAUGAAACAAUUCGUUGUUUAAAAGAAUUGAAUGUUCCACAUUUUUUUCAUGAAUUCGUUUACGAACUAAUGGAUUUUUGUCUUGAAAAAAAUACUGAACGUGCUCAAGAAUUAACAAUUGGUCUUCUUGAAAAAUUGACAAAAACGGUUGUGAUUACAUAUGAUCAACUUAAAACUGGCAUGUUACGUUUAUUUGAUGAUAUAGAUGAUAUUCAUUUAGAUGUUCCAAAUGUUUAUGAACAAUUACAAACACUUCUUAAACAAUUAGAAGAUAAAAAAAUUCUUAAUCACGAUAUAACAUCAAAUGCACCCCAAAAAGGUCGAAAACAUGCUACAAGUGAAAGCGAAAAUAAUAAACAAGAAAAACAUUAA